CCGGGACGCAGAGAAAGCAGGGCUGCCGGGGCGCUCGGACUCGGGACUCCACGUGCUCCGCGCGGGGGUUUCCGCGUCCUCCGGGCGUGGCCGGAAAAGGAAGUCGGCGUUGCAGUGGCCUCCCCAGCGACAGCGGCGGUACCGGCCACCAGCCCCUGUCCGGCUCGGCCACGGAGGCAGUGCAGCGGCCGGACCCCGAGCCUGCCCCCGCCGAGCCGCGCCGCCCCGCCGCGCGCCCAGCAGUGCGAUGGGGCCGCAGCGGCCGCUGCCCUCCGCGGCAGCCGCUCUGCUCUGGGGCUUCCUGCUCCAGCUGACAGCUGCUCAGGAAGCGAUCCUGCAUGCGUCUGGAAAUGGCACCCCCCCACCGUCCAAGGACUGCUGCGUGCUCUAUAACCCUCGCUGGACAGCCCUUCCAAGGACCCUAGAAAAUGCAACUUCCAUUAGUUUGAUGAACCUGACUUCCACACCACUGUGCAACAUUUCUGAUAUCCCUCCUGAUGGAAUAAAGAACAAAGCUGUUGUGGUUCAGUGGGGAACCUGCCAUUUUCUUGAAAAAGCCAGAAUUGCACAAACAGGAGGUGCUAAAGCAUUGUUGGUUGCCAAUAAUAGUGUCCUAUUUCCUCCCUCAGGGAACAAAUCUGAAUUUCAUGAUGUGAAAGUACUGAUUGCAUUUAUAAACCACAAAGACUUUAAAGAUAUGACGCAGACUCUUGGAAGUAACAUUACGGUGCAAAUGUAUUCUCCUCCAUCAUGGCCUAACUUUGACUAUACUAUGGUGGUUAUUUUUGCGAUUGCUGUGUUCACUGUGGCAUUAGGAGGAUACUGGAGUGGACUAAUUGAACUAGAACACAUGAAAGCAAUGACAGAUGCUGAAGAUAGUGAAAUGAGGAGAAAGAAGGAAGAUUAUUUAACUUUUAGUCCUCUAACAGUUGUAAUAUUUGUGGUCAUAUGCUGUGUUAUGAUGGUCCUACUUUAUUUCUUCUACAAAUGGUUGGUUUAUGUUAUGAUAGCAAUUUUCUGCAUAGCAUCAGCAAUGAGCCUAUACAACUGUCUUGCUGCACUAAUUCAUAAAAUACCAUAUGGACAAUGCAAAAUUGUGUGUCGUGACAAGAGCAUUGAAGUGAGACUUAUUUUUCUCUCUGCACUGUGCAUAGCAAUAGCUGCUGUUUGGGCCGUGUUUAGAAAUGAAGACAGGUGGGCUUGGAUUUUACAGGAUAUCUUGGGGAUUGCUUUCUGUCUGAAUUUAAUUAAAACACUGAAGUUACCCAACUUCAAGUCCUGUGUGAUACUCCUAGGCCUUCUCCUCCUCUACGAUGUAUUUUUUGUUUUCAUAACACCAUUCAUCACAAAGAACGGCGAGAGUAUCAUGGUUGAACUUGCAGCUGGACCUUUUGGAAAUAAUGAAAAGUUACCAGUAGUCAUCAAAGUACCAAAGCUGGCCUAUUUUUCAGUAAUGAGUGUAUGCCUCAUGCCAGUUUCCAUAUUGGGUUUUGGAGACAUUAUUGUACCAGGCCUGUUGAUUGCAUACUGUAGAAGAUUUGAUGAGCAGACUGGUUCUUCUUCUUCUAUAUACUAUGUCUCCUCCACAAUUGCCUAUGCUGUUGGCAUGAUACUUACGUUUGUUGUUCUGGUCCUGAUGAAAAAGGGGCAACCUGCUCUCCUCUAUUUAGUACCUUGCACACUUAUUACUGCUUCAGUUGUUGCUUGGAGACGUAAAGAAAUGAAAAAGUUCUGGAAAGGGAACAGCUAUCAGAUGAUGGACCACCCAGACUAUGCAACAAAUGAAGAAAACCCCGUGACUGCUGGUGAACAGAUUCUCCCGCAAUAAUAUGUGGACCUGCCAUAUGUGUCAGCUGAUUUUCUGCAAAUACAGUUUGACUUUUUAAAUUGACUUUUGAAUUGACAAUCUGAAAGAAUCUUCAACGAUAUAGUUGCAAAUAUACCUUUUUAAGAACCGGUACUGACAAUUGUAUCAUAAGUAAUUAAAAUACAUUUGCUUUGAACUAUGUUAAAGUUGUGCCUUCACAUUAAAUAAAAGAAUAUGGUCUGUAUAACUUUCAAAAUGUAUUAUUAUACAGUAUAUUUUUCUAAAAAAAAAAGUAUUGAUCCACCCCUGUAUUUUUCUUACUGAAAUCAAUUUCUUUUCAACUCUAAUGAUAGAUAAAAGUAUGUCUGUCAAAGUGAGUUUCUGAACCGAUUUUACUGAAAAGAAUGAUGCAAAUUUUAUCCUCUAUAGAAAUAAUUAUUUAAGAUUAUGCAAGAAGGCAGUUCAACAAUGAAAUUUUGGACUUUGAUCACUGCAAAGUUUAGAAAAAUAUAAUUUGGGAAUAUAUAUAAGUGCAUAUUUUUAUAGUGUAAGUUCGAAAAAAUUCCAGUUCUUUUUUAAACUUGGGAACCUAAAUUGCUUCAGAUUGCCAUGUAUUAUAUUAGAAUAUUUUUCCAGGUAUAGAGAAACAUAAUAUAUAGAACUAGCCAUUAAAAGAACACAAAAACUGACAUCCACAGUUUUCAGUGGUCUGUUGCCUCUUUGAAGGUAUAGCUUAAAUUUCUAUAUUAACAUUCAAUUUCACUAUAGUAUUUCUGAUCUCUGAAGUUUGGUUCUGUUGUUUAAGCUUGGUAUUUUGCAUAAAAUUUUAUAUUAAUACAUAUGACUCAUUGUUUGAGUGUAAUAUCCCUAACAGUCCUCUCGGUCACCAUCUUGAUUCCUACUCCUUUCUUCAAAGGAAAUCACUGUUAACCUUUUAAUAUUUUGGUGGACAAUGGAAUGCUAAUAUACCAAGUGCGCUUCAGAGGAAAGUAUUGGAGACAAAAGACAAAAGACUGGGCAUUAGUGUCAAUUAAAUUACAUUUACAAGAGUGUGAGUUAAUUGUCUUAGCAUAAGACACUGGUGUCUCAGUUUUCUCAUCUGCAAAAUGAAUAGGUUAGACCAGCAAUUUCAACCUUUUUCAUCUCACAAUACACAUAAACUAAUUAUUAAAAUUCUGUGACACCCCAAAAAUAUAUUUGUUGCCAGUCCGACAAAAAAUAGGUAUAAUUUUGAUUCACUCACACCAGAUGGCUAUUAUGUUGGCUAUCGUCAUUUUUUAAUUUGACAAGCUAAGGGAAAAGAGGUCAGUGCCCCCAACUAAAUAGUCAGUAUUGCAUGUUUUAAAAAUACUUGUGGCACACCAGUAUGCCUCUUGCAGCAUACUGGUUGAAAAUUGAUGGGUUAGACCAAUUAGUCACUCUGGUACCUUCUAACUUGAAAAAAAAUCUUUCUCAUUCUUUGCUAAAUCUCAGAUAUGACCUUCUCCUGGGAGUCAGAGGUCAAAUUAUCUCUUCAUUUUCUUUACUUUCUCUAAGAAAUUUCCAAAUGACAAGUAACUGCAAAAGCAGCAGAAUUUUGCAUUCUCUAUAAGUAAUGUACAGGAUAUGUGAACAACUGCUUUCAUUCUAAGGCCAGUUCAACUGAUUAAAAGAUAAAGUUAUUUAUUGCCUUUUAAAAUAGAUCUGAGCUUUGGUAUUUAAAGUAAGUUUAGCAUUUGAGAGAGUUAGAUGCUUUUGUUUAAUUGUUAACUUUUGCUGAGUAAAUUGUAGGUGGAAAAGCUUCCCCAACAGCCCUCUUUCCGCUUAAUACACUGGAUUGUUGGGUAGAUGACAAGUAAGUAUCUGACAAGUAACAGUUAAUCUAAAUUUUGUCUCCUUAAUAUCAAGUUUGAAUAUUUUCCCAAAGAAUCUAAUUUAUUUGGCAGAUUCUUGACAGAACAGAUUGCCAUUUUAAAGAUCCAACUAUAUUUUCAUUUAUAAUAUCAAUAAAAUGUUUGCCAAAAUACAGCUUUUUUAGUAAAAGUAUCUGCAUUCUCAUCCUUGCUUGGUGAUAUUCAAAAGCCUCAACCACAGUUUAUGAAGAAAGUUAAAGAAAAUCUUACAUCUAGAAAUCUGAAAUUUUGGUUCUUUGAUACACAUUCUAUUUUAUCUAACCAUUAGUUACCAAGGAGAUAAAACGUUGUUCUAGUUUGCUAUUAAAACCUUGUUGAUUAAAUACAAAUAAAUAGUGAAAUUCCUUAAGUUUCUCCAUCCUCAAAGUCAACUUUACAUUGUACUUAAGUAAUCCUUCUACCAACCCAGCUGAAAAUACUUAGAGAAGUUACAAUAAAGUACAGAAAUAUUUUAUUUGGGAAUCAAAGGAAAGGGAAGUUGAAAACUUGGCUUUAAAAGGCUGUCUCAUUUCUUCCUCUCUUGCCUUCCCAUCACCAGUAACGUUAAGGAGAAGAGUUGUUUUAUUCCUAAAUAUGCCUUAAAAACAAAAAUAAGGUAUACUGUAUUAUUACUUAUUGAAAAAUGAGUAAUUAUGAACAUUUUUGUGUCUUGUGAAACAGAAAUCACUAAAUAUCUCAAAUUUUAAUGUGGGUGAUAUUUUUAUUUCAGUUUAGUUCAGCAAAGAUAACUAAGAGGUUUGUGAGGAAACACCUUGCUAUUCUAAUACAUUUUCUUCCAGCUUGUAUUUCUUUAUUAGAUUAGCAAUAGUUUAUUAGUAGAAACUAUGAUUUACUUCUCUUUUGAAGAAAAUGUUAAGCCAUCUGCUGCUGGCUUUCAUAAAAUUUAUAUGUCUGUAGAGAUUUUGGUGAAAUGAUACAUUUUAUAGUAAAUACUAAUGAGCUUCCUAGUUUUCUUUUGCUCUUUCAAUUUUUGCCUUAGGUAUAAGCAGACAUGUUUACAUUUGACUAAAAAAUAUUUCAACUAAUUUGUUUAAGCUUGGUCUCUAAAAUUUUAGUCUGAUCUCAGGCAAUGAGAUUCAAAAACAUAAAGAUUACAUUUCAGAAUGGUGCAAUGUACUAGUUUGAAAGGCUAUAUAUUUUCCCAUUAAAAAGGAAAAGAGUUGUAUUUAUUCAAGAUGAUGACAAAUAACAAAUUCUACAGUUUAAACAAUUUAUUUUCAGUGAUCUUACCCCAGAGUAUAAUUCCAAACAGGUUGGGGUAACACAAAUAAAAUCAAAACACUGAGUAUAAAUCACAUUACACUUCCUGAAAGAAAAAUAUUUUGGAAAUUCAAGAGAUCAGAAUCAAAGUACUCAACCUUUUGGAAUUUGAAAUAAACUGUGUAGUACCAGUAAUUUGCAUUACUGAAUUUUCAGAGUAAACAAAAUGAUUGACAGUAAUAUACAUGCUGUAUUGUAGUAAAGACCAUAUAUGUGACCUUGCUUGUUUAAAGUUUCUGUUCUUAAGGACAGCUUUUGUAUCUCCAAAAAUGAUCAUUGGGGAAAAAACGAUUUCUUAAAAUUUUAGAAUAGUCUUGUAUUAGUGGUAAUUAAGGGGCAACAAAAAUAAAUCAAAUACUUAAUGUAAUCAUGUGUUUCCUUAAUUAGGCAUAAAAAGUGUUGUAAACAACAUUUCUUUGGAAUAUGGGUUUUUAAAAUAAAAAAUAUCCAAAGUUUAUCUGGUUGGUUUGCAGGAUUUCCCAGGAACAAGUCAAUGUAAAUUUGGUAGUUUUUGCCUAUUUUAUACCUUCUGUUGUAUUUUGUUUAAAUGAGAACCUUUUUAAAAAUACAUUGAUUGAAUUUUUACUUCUUAUAUGAUUGGUUUGAGUGUGGAAUUCUUUAACCCUUUGAUAUGUAGUUAGUGUAAAUUAAUACUUUAUAAUACUAUUAGGCUUUAUUUUUUUUAUGGAACAUGAUUUAAAAUAUAAAAAUUUUUGAAGUGUAAAUUUAGCAGUGCUUUAAAGCUCUUCAAUAUGUGCCAAUACUGACAAGAAAAAGUUUUUUAAUGUAUUGAAUUCAUUAUUGUAUGCAAUAAAUUCUAUUUUGAAAUAAUAUUGGAACUUGUUUAUUUUGAAUGGUGAAAAAUAAUUGAAAAUGAACUAAAAGUGUACUGGGUCAUGUUCAUGUAAGGUACAAAUAGUAAUAAUUACUUUCAAAAUUGCGUGGUUAUUUAUGUCUGGCAAAUUGUCCUUAAAACCUAGAUUCUGUAAGUGUCAUUUAUUGGAAAUUUAUAUUGAUACGCAA